AUGGCCCGCACGAAGCAGACGGCGCGCAAGUCCACCGGCGGCAAGGCGCCGCGGAAGCAGCUGGCGACCAAGGCGGCGCGCAAGUCGGCCCCGGCCACCGGCGGCGUGAAGAAGCCCCACCGCUUCCGCCCGGGAACCCGCCUCGUCCGUGAGAUCGCGCAGGACUUCAAGACCGACCUCCGCUUCCAGUCCUCCGCCGUCUCCGCCCUGCAGGAGGCCGCCGAGGCGUACCUGGUGGGGCUCUUCGAGGACACCAACCUGUGCGCCAUCCACGCCAAGCGCGUCACCAUCAUGCCCAAGGACAUCCAGCUCGCCCGCCGCAUCCGCGGGGAGCGCGCCUAG